AUGGCUUCCUCAUCUGCGUCUAAGUAUGAUGUCUUCCUCACUUUCCGUGGUGAAGACACACGCCAUUCGAUCGUGAGUCAUUUGUACGCAGCACUUACUAGGAGAGGACUUUUUACCUUCAAAGACGAUAAAAAGCUUGAGAUAGGCGAUCGCAUCUCUGAAGAACUACGCAGAGCCAUACAAGGCUCAGAUUUUGUUGUCGUGGUUCUCUCGGAGAAGUACGCUACUUCUAGGUGGUGUUUGAUGGAGCUCCAAUUGAUAAUGGAGCUUCAGAGGGAGGGGAGACUCAGCGUCUUCCCCGUCUUCUAUAAAGUAGAACCCUCUUCAGUGAGGCAUCAGCUAAGAAGCUUCGAUCUUGAAAGAUACCAACGUGAUCCAGUGAUGGCAAAAAAUAUUCCCAUGUGGAGAGAAGCUCUUAAUCAGAUCACAGGCCUUUCAGGCAUGGAAUCUAGACGCUGCGUUGAUGAGGCAACAAUGGUUGAGAAAAUCGCACGAGAUAUUUCAAGACGCAAGACAUUGAUGCGUAAUAUAGACUCGAAACAUAUUGUUGGAGUGGAAACUCACAUGCAAGGUCUCAAGUCUCUCUUAGACAUGGACUCGGAGAAUUAUGAAGUUCGUAUGAUUGGAAUCUGGGGAAUGGGAGGGAUUGGCAAAACCACCAUUGCCAAGUGUCUCUAUGACCAGCUCUCAUUUCAAUUUGAAGCCACCUAUUUCACACAAGAUAUCAAGGGUAUUCACAAAGGCCAUGAUCUGAUAAAUUUACAAAAGAAACUACUUGUCUACAAUACGCUUGGUGAUGAUAUCAGUCUGUGGAGCGUGGAAGCUGGACGUGAGGAAAUAAAGGCUAGACUUGGGAACCACAAGGUUCUUCUUGUGCUUGAUGGUGUGGAUAAAAUAGAGCAGGUGCAUGCUCUGGCAAAAGAGACGAGCUGGUUUGGCCCUCGGAGCAGAAUCAUCAUAACCACCCGAGACAGGGGCUUGCUCCGUAGCUGUGGAGUAAAGACCAUUUAUGAGGUGAAGUGUUUGGACGAUAAGGGUUCCAUGCAGAUGUUUAAACAGAUUGCUUUUGAAGGAAGAAGUCCUCCUUGUGAUGAUUUUGAGCAACUCUCACUCCGAGCAGUCCGGCUUGCUCACGGGCUUCCUUCUGCCAUUAAAGCCUAUGCCUUAUUUCUCCGGGCAAGGGACAACUCUCUUGAGGAGUGGGAAGAAGCAGUAUGUGGACUUGAAAGUGCUACUGACGAGAACAUAAUGGAAAUCUUGAAACUUAGCUAUGAUGGCUUAGCAAAAAAACAUCAGAAUGUUUUCCUACAAGUUGCAUGCCUUUUCAACGGAGAAACUUACCAGCGUAUCAUUACACUACUUGAUGGUUCCGGACAUGAGAGGAAUCUGUGUAUAAGAGUUUUGGCAGAGAGAUCUCUCAUCAGUAUAACAACCAAUGGAUAUGUAAUCCUGCAUAAGUUGGUUGAACAAAUGGGAAGAGGAAUUAUGCUUGACUGUCAAAACUUCAUCGGUGAUCCUGAGAAAGUUGUUGCUGCACUGGGAACAGAACAAACUGAAUGCAUCUCCCUACACACCUGUGAGAUGACCUGUGCACUCUCCUUGAAGAAGAGUGUUUUUGAACUUAUGUAUAAACUCAAGUUUUUCAAGGUCUACAAGCAUGUUAACGACAUAGAAUCGAGGCUGCAGGUCACUACGGACGAUGAUUACCUUUGCAUGCCGUGUAACCUAAAGUUGUUCCACUGGGAUGCAUUUCCAUUGACCACCUUGCCUCUCAAGGCUGGUUCGUACUUUCUUGUUGAACUCAAUCUGCGUUACAGCAAUCUAGAAACACUUUGGAACGAAAAACUGGAUUUCGAGAAUUUGAAGAAACUAGAUGUGACGGGAUCUAAGAAUCUCAAACAACUUCCAGAUCUUUCAGAUGUCAAGAAUCUUGAAGAGUUGAUUCUAGAACAAUGCACGCGACUGGAAGGGGUUCCAGAGUCCAUUGGAUAUUAUAAGCCUACCCUACGUAGGCUUGUUCUAUCAUACUACGGUGGGCCUGAGAGUCCCAUGCGUGUUGUUGUUAGACGGAAAGUGACGCAAAGUAGUACUACAUUGGAGUUCCCAACUGCAGAAGUGAGAAUGAAACUUGGGGAUAUAACUAUCGCGGGAGACGUAAUAUUUCAUUUUUCUUCAAGUUGUCAAGGAAAUGCUGAAUACUUCUCCUUAAGUUCUUCUGAGCAACACAGCCCUGUCCAGCAAGCUCCUAGGGUCAUCUCUGAGUUCAACAAAUUUGAGACGCUCAAUAUCAGGAGGUUCAGCUACGAAGAGAAUGGUCGACCUGUCACCUUUCACAGCUUUCCAAAUCUCUUAAACAUUCAAAAGUUGUCAGAUGAUAUUGAUGACUUCGAAUUCCUCCAAAAGCUGGACUUGAGCGGAAAUGAUUUUAAGAACUUACCAUCAAAUAUUACUAUACUUCCACGUUUGAGAACUCUGUGGCUUCGAAACUGCGGCAAACUCGAGGAACUGCCAGAGCUAGCUCAGGUGCAGUCACUCACUCUUUCUAACUGUAGGAACCUCAGAUCAUUGGUGAAACGCUCUGAUUCGGGAAGUUACUGUUUGCUUGAGCUUUCCCUUGACAACUGCAACAAUGUUGGAUCACUGUCCGAUCAGCUUAGUCAGUUCAACAAGUUGACAUAUUUAGAUCUCAGCAGCCAUGAUUUUGAGACAUUGCCAUCAAGCAUCUCUGAUCUUACAUCCUUGGUAACUCUCUGUCUCAAUAACUGCAAGAAACUCAAAUCAGUGGAAGAAGUUCCACCGAGCCUCCAGUUUCUGGAUGCACAGGGAUGUGAUUCCCUUGAAGCUAAUGCUUUAGAAAUUUUUCGAGAGAGACUAAACAAAAAGGUGAAUGUUCUGCCCUUGAGGCCUUGA